UCUCCGUCUCUCCCUCCCAGCCCCCCACAGCGACAAGGACACAUUUUACUGCAGCCAGGCAAACAGGCAAACAGUGAGUAUACAACACACCGACACCGAGACACCGAGACCAACCGUAUCCGUUGCAGCACACCUCCAACCAGGCCACUGUUUUGCACAGACUCCUCGACUUCGUCAGCAGCCAGCCAACCACCCAGCCACCCAGCCAGCCAACCGCUCCCCCGCCAGCCCCUGGCUCCCCUCCCCCCUUGCAUCAUCGUGACAAUCCUUGCUUGUCUCCCUUCCUCAUUGCUUCCCCCGACUUGACAGACAGACAGACCCGACCAUGCGUGCCACACCUCCCGCAUGGUGUGGCAUCCAUCAUCAUCCACCCCCUUGCUCGACUCGACGCCCCUGAUAUCCACAGCAACAGAACGUUCACAUAUAUCCGUACCAUUCACAGGUGCAUGACCGUUUCCCCUCUCUCUGCUUACGCUCGCCCCUCUUGUCCUUAUUCUGCUCGUUCUCUGCUCGGCAGGCACACACAGGAAUCCGUAUUUGGCGACGGUUGGCUCAAGUGAUGUGUAUGUCUUUGAGUACAGGCAUUCGUACCGCCGGCCUCGAGCAGCUGGUUGAUCAGGGCCUGCAGGCGAGGAACGAGCACCGUGUUCAUCCUGUCGUCGUCGCCCACCUGCUCCUCGGUCAGCAAUAAUGUGAUGGUGUAGUCCUCGUUGUCGGCCGCCCACUGAUUCAAAAUCUCGGCGUGGCUCGUCCGGCACACCCUCCACACUGGAGAAUUGGUCUGUCCGGUGAGCCGCGCAACCUGUGACACACCAACAGACGAUGCACAGGAAUGAAAGCCGUGUGCAAUCAUGUGUGUGUGUACGUGUGUGUGGUCUGCCUACCAUUCAAUCAUCGGCUGAAGGCACUCAUCCAUCCAUCCAUCCACUCACUGACAGAAAUGCAUUGCACGUCAAGUUGCCGCGUCAAGUGACGCACUCACUACCGGUUGCCUCUCUCUAGCUACCCUACCUGUCGCCACACACAUCACACAUCACACACAUCACACACACAUAUAUACAUACACACACAUACACAUACACAUGCGCGACAUGCACACCUGCUCUGCGGGUCAGUGCAGUGCACAAGCACGUACACUAUCUAUCUGCUCAUCGCACGCCUAAACUGUCAGGUCAGCCAGGUCAUCUGACGGACGGACGGGCCGCACAAAAAGGCAAGACACUCGGCUGGCUGGGCUGGGCAUGCCAUUAAUGAGGAGAGACAAGCCGCAGGCUGUCGGUCUCAGUUCGGUGUCUGAUCAGUCUGUCUAUCUAGCUAGCUCGUUGGCUAGCUCGAAUGAACAAAUUGUCCUAUAUAUCACAUACACGCUAGCUAUCAGCUUUCUUAAAAGGCACAUCAUCUCUCUCUCUCAAUCAAGAGUCCAGCCAGCCACCGAUACAUCACAUCAAUUACCUCUCACUCACCCAACCAUGCACACACAUGCAGGUACGCAAUG